CGAUUUUCGACGAGAGUGAGGCCCGAGCAUGGGUCGAGGAGCAGAACGAUCCGUCGAUAAUUUCCGCACACAAUUAUGUUUUUUCGCGAGGGGACUUUGGCGGGCCUGGUUUUCUGGUUAAUUCCCGGGACCGUUCCGGUCUUCGAGGUCUGCACCUGCAGGGGAUCAUACGAGACGACGGACAUGACCACCAUGCAACCAUGCAUUCCUUAUUCGGCACUCCAGCGUACUUAUCGCACGCGAACCUACACGACUUCACGCGGGGAAAGCGCAACGUAAAUGCGGACGCUCAACAUCUCUCGACUCAAGACAGACUGUUGCACAAGCGGCAGCUUCAGCAGAAUGUCCUUUUCCGACAAAAGGGCUUUACAACUCCCUCAAUUUAAGAAUUCGGCUAAUGUCUGACACAUGCGGUAGCUGCUCUCUAAUUGAAUUCAAUUGCGUCACUGACUAGUCGGGAAAGCUAGCUUUCGAUCAGCGUGAAGAUCAUACUAGUUGUUGAUUAGAAUUGAAGAGCAAGAGUUUUUCCUUAUGUUCCCAGUUCUAAUUGCCGCACUUGCAAAAGCAUAAUCCACAACGUCUCCGGCGGCGACGGCCGAUGAAAGGACGUGGUAAAGCGCAACACAUGAUGUUGAGACCGACUAGGAAACAAGAAGACCCAUUGCAUUUGCA